UAGCAGUGAGAAGAAAUCAGUCAAUAUCCUCUGCUCGCAAAAGUGUAACAGAGGAUUCAGUCAAAAGCUGACAAAGAGAUGUCACUCGGAAGAAAGAUCUACAAAGGACCCAGCAGUGAUGAACAAACGGCUGAAGAAGGUCUGUUUUCACAGAGAAAUGGAUUUUCACAAUACCAACGUCUUACACUGGGUUUGGGCCUAACCUGUGCUGUCAUGCUGAUCUAACCUGUGCUGUCAUGCUGAUAACUGCUGCUGUGUUGGGGAUUUGCUGCGCCAAAGCCAAAGAUUUCGACAUGUCUGACUUGGCUGCAUCUCCUCUUCUUGCUGAGCUGAACUUCUACCUCAACCAAACUCAUAUCAUCAAAGCCAAAGAGGAGGCUCAGGCGGCGCUGAUCAAAGAACGUGCCAACCAUCUACAAAUCAAGCAGGAAGUGAACCUGAAGAGGACUUUCGUCGACAAGCUUCAAGGAAAGUUAGAGACUCUAAAACAGGAAAUAACAAUUCUCGAGUCAAACAAGACAAAUUUAGAGAAAAACUGUGGUUGGUGUAUGCCUGGAUGGAUUUUUCAAAAAAGAUCUUGCUAUUAUUUUUCUGAUGAGGAGGUUUCUUCAAAAAAGAAUUGGACCGAUAGCAGAAACUACUGCAUGAGUAAAGGAGGUGACCUGUUGGUGAUCAAUAAUUUGGAGGAGCAGCAACUCAUUAGAACUCAUUUGCCACGGAGGAGCAGCAGUCAUGUGUGGUGGCUGAACGGGUUCUGGAUCGGCCUCACCGAUGCAGUGACUCAGGGAGUGUGGAUGUGGGUCAACAAUGUCACAGAGACAUCCACAGCGUACUGGAGAACUGGACAACCUUCCCAUUUUGGGUCUCAGACUGGGAACUGUGUUGCUUUUCUGGGUGACACCCUGACGACUUGGUACAAUGCGAACUGCAAUCAGCACCGGCUGAACUGGAUCUGUGAGAAGGAAGCAAGCAAAACUGAUGUGGUCUAAUACUAUCAAACAUUUAUGACAUUUAACAACAAUGUGUAUAAUGAGAGAUUCAUAAAAGUAUAAAUUUCAUUAAACUGAUGUGUCAAAUGUAUACAUUUCUUGACGAGG